AUGGACUACGAGAAGGACGCCAACCUCGCAAUCACUUCUUCCUCCUUUUUCCGAGCCCCUGCUGCAGAUAUCAUGACUUUGGCUGUCGAUCUUCUUAACCCUUCUGUUGAGCACGAGAAGCGCUCCCACAAGCUCAAGAGACUUGUACAGUCUCCCGACUCCUACUUUAUGGAUGUCAAGUGCCCUGGUUGCUUGAACAUCAGCACUGUCUUCAGCCACGCCCAGACUGUUGUCCUUUGCUCGUCCUGCGGCACUGUCCUUUGCCAGCCCACCGGUGGUCGUGCACGUCUUACCGAAGGCUCCUCUUUCCGCAGAAAGCACAACUAA